UUUCCCGUAGUGUCGUCGUCGUCGUCGUCGUCGUCGUCGUCGUCGAUUUUUCGCAUCCCCCGCGAUCGGCCAGUGAGAAACGUUCUUCCCGAUUUCCUUUAUCGGAAAGGUGGAUUUCAUUUCGCAUAGACAGAUUUUUAUUUAUUAUUGGACGCGAACCAAUAAUAAAAAGAGAAGAGACGACGAAUAAUUGUUCGUUUCCCCCGUGGUUGGGUAAAACUCAUGGAGGAUUGAGGUGUAUUUGUUGUGCGUAGUUCGGGGAUAGUGAAUCGAACGAUUGGACGCAGUGUAUGUAUAUAUAUAUAUAUAUAUGUACAUAUACACACAUAUAUAUAUAUACACACACAUAUAUUUGGUGUUGAUAUCGAGGAUUAAUAACAUCGUCAAUUCCUCCCCUCCCCUCCCCUCCCGUUUUUGGACGGUUGUUGCGCCACGACGAGUGUGAAUAUCGUGAAGUUCGAAAAUGCAUUUACCGGAGGGCCCACUUGGAAUGGACAUCAAUGCUAUGCACGAGACUCUACAGGCGUGUCACGGUGAUUUGGUUAGAACUGGAAGUCCCGCUAUCCUGUGCAGCGCCUUACCAUCCCAUUGGAGGUCGAACAAGUCGCUGCCGGUAGCGUUCAAGGUCGUUGCCCUGGACGACGUCAGCGACGGGACUCUGGUCACCAUUAGAGCUGGAAACGACGAGAAUUGUUGCGGGGAGUUGAGGAAUUGCACAGCCGUGAUGAAGAACCAAGUGGCCAAGUUCAACGAUCUCAGAUUCGUCGGGCGGAGCGGGAGAGGGAAAUCCUUCUCACUGACCAUCCAAAUCAGCACGGUACCCUUCCAAGUCGCCACCUACACGAAGGCGAUCAAAGUCACCGUGGACGGGCCGAGAGAGCCACGAUCCAAAUCGAAUUAUCAAUACGGACAUGGAUUCCCUGGACUCGGAUUGCUCAAUCCUUGGGUGGACGUGGCGUAUCUGGGACACGCAUGGCACUUGCCCCAUCCUGCCUUCGUCAAAGGGACCAUCCCGAUGCCAUCCACGGAUCUGUUUCCACCGACGUUCCCGCCAUCGGUUCUCCCAUCGUACCCGUUCGACCACGUGAAAUACCCGGCCGAGUACGCCACCACGCUACCCCCGAAGUCGAGCAGCAGCUCGAGCGCACAGGCGACGAUCCCAACCAGCCCGUCCAGAACACCGCCCAAGAGCCCGAGCGAGUCCGGGAGCGAGUCGGCCGCCGAGGAGGUUCGAAGCGCCUUCGUGCCCAUCAGAUUGAACACCCUGCCGCCGACCACGUCCGUCGUCACCGCCUCCUCCGCCUCGUCGCCGGAGGAGCGGCUGCCCACGAAGAAGGGAGUCGUGGAGGGUUCGAGGAACGAGCUCAAGGCGCCGACAGCCCUCAUCUCCCGUUCCCUGUCGCCCAAGAGGAGCCCCUCCCCCACCAAGAUCUCCUCGCCGCCGCCCGCGAAACCAGUGUGGAGACCUUACUAGGGCGAAUCGAGGACGAGCACCGGGUGAAACGAGGGCGUACGAUCCCCCGUUGAAAGGCUAGUGAUUAUUUAGACGCGUCGUCGGGCAAUUUCCUUUCCUCUCCUUUUCCUCUUAUCCUUCUUCUUCUUCUUCUUCUCUCUUUUCUUUCUUCCGAGGAGAGAAGCGCGAG